CCCCCCCCCCCCCCCAGCCCCUGCCCCAGGGCUUAGACAAGCAUAAGGAAACAAGUCUUGUAUUCAACGUCAAGAUAUAAAAAUGUACGAUUUCUCAUCAGACCUAUGAGAGAAAAGCUUUGACUGAGAUUUUGGAAUAUCUGUUGCCCUCUCCCAGAGAACUUUUUGUAAGCUGCUGUAUAUCCUUCUCCCAGUCUGGUUUUCUCUAAAGACACCACCUGUUUUGUAGAGAGAGACACAACAGACAAGAGGAGAGAGCGCAGGAUUUAUUUAAGCUGAGUAAGCAGUAUCCAGUAGACACCACUGGGAGCAACCCCCAGGACCAGCUGCCGUCCGCUUAUCAGGAGACAAAGACCACCGUCUUCACGGUCUACUUAGCUCCCAGAUUUCAGAUGCAAUUUUGGCAAUAAGUGCUUGCAGGUAUUGCCGACGUCAGAAAUUGUACGUGAUAUAUCCGAGUACGGUCGGCUAUUCUUCUGCUGGACAGAGAGAAGGGCAGAGUUGGCAUAAUUCAGGUCUGCAAAGAAUUUCAGGGGAAACGGUGCGGUUCAGUCCUAAGACUGCAGUUCUGGGGCCAGAGGAUGAAGGACGAGGCGCUAGGAGGAAAUGGUUGGCCACCAUAGAAAGGGAUGAGGCCACCAACAGCCUUGCGAACGAACAUAGCGCAUCCCUCCCUUUCACAAGACUCACUCCAAGGUCGAAGCCAAGGAACGACGACUGUCACAUGGGCACGACGAUCUCCUCCACACGGAGCCAUGCUAAGGGGGAACAGUAGAUGCAGAAUCCGCAAUCCAAUCCGGCAGGAAAACGAGGUUGCCAGUUGCGUGACUCACGUCGAUUAUCCAAAGUCCCUCGGAGGGAAUGAGGUCAGCCUCAGUGUCUGGCACGCCAUGCCAUGGCCCUUCGUGAUCUGAGACUGUGUCCCACCCUCCAUGAGGAAUGACAUGUGCUUCUCAAUCAUGUCCUAGUGGCUAAGGUAACUCGCGCAUCCGUUAUCCAUGUCGUGUGGCUCUUUUGCCUCGCAUCUCCGACCCUCCAGCCUCAUCCUCAACCGUGUGCUUAGUUCCUCUCGUCCCUGCGAAGGUGGUUAGGCUCAUGUUCUGUAUAAUCAACACCGCAGCAUUUUGGAGGACGUGGUCACCCAUAGCUGCGAUCUCAACGGGAAACG